CUGUGCCUUUCCAUCGUGAUUUUUAAAAAGUCAGGUUGUCCAGAGGCACAUUUAGUGUAACCUACAUGGACCAGGUGCGUUAAGCCUUGUGUGUAAUCAAAAUAACACCCAGGUGCAGUGGGACUUGGCAGCUGACACUCAGUCUCCAUACAAGUGAUUGUUUGGGCGACCUGGAGAGCAUGACCCCAUCUGCAAGGCAGCCAUUCCUCAGCCCUGGCCUUCCAUAGCCACGUUAGGACACAGGCUCAGCUGUGCCAGAUCUACUGUGAUUUUAAGGACAAGUUGGAAUCUCCUGAUUUUACAAAACAAACAAACAAACACAUGGUCCAGACGAAAAAGAUGCAUGGGCUAUCAGUUUACACCUUCUGCUUUGUUGUUACCCUUGAAACUUUAAAUACUAUAUUUAUUUCUCCAUGUAUUGUCCCAUGCACUAUAGAUACAAGGCAGGAAGAAGGGCCAGGUCAGUGGCAUCUGUCCCAGGACUUCCCAGUAGACAUCUGUGUCUCACUGGCCAGGGCUGUGGCACAUGGCCAUGCCAAGCUGCAAAGAAUAUGAGGGAUCUGCAAGCUGUGUCACGCCAGUUGAAUGCUGUGACUGAGGACAUGUACACCAACGGGUCUGCUGCCCCAGGGAGCCCUGCCAAAGGGCAGGAAGUGCGGAAAGUGCGACUCAUACAGUUUGAGAAGGUCACAGAGGAGCCCAUGGGAAUCACUCUGAAGCUGAAUGAAAAACAGUCCUGUACGGUGGCCAGAAUCCUUCAUGGAGGCAUGAUUCAUAGACAAGGCUCACUUCACGUGGGGGAUGAGAUCCUAGAAAUCAAUGGUACAAAUGUGACUAAUCACUCAGUUGAUCAGCUACAGAAGGCAAUGAAAGAAACCAAAGGAAUGAUCUCAUUAAAAGUAAUUCCUAACCAGCAAAACCGGCUUCCUGCACUACAGAUGUUUAUGAGAGCGCAAUUUGACUAUGAUCCCAAAAAGGACAAUCUGAUCCCUUGCAAGGAGGCAGGACUGAAGUUCGUGACUGGAGACAUCGUCCAGAUCAUCAACAAGGAUGAUAGCAACUGGUGGCAAGGGCGGGUAGAAGGCUCCUCCAAGGAGUCAGCGGGAUUGAUCCCUUCCCCUGAGCUGCAAGAAUGGCGAGUGGCGAGUGUGGCUCAGUCAGCUCCAAGUGAAGCCCCAAGUUGCAGUCCCUUUGGGAAGAAGAAGAAGUACAAAGACAAGUAUCUGGCAAAGCACAGCUCAAUUUUUGACCAGUUGGAUGUUGUUUCCUAUGAAGAAGUUGUUCGACUCCCCGCAUUCAAGAGGAAGACCCUGGUGCUGAUAGGAGCCAGUGGGGUGGGUCGCAGCCACAUUAAAAAUGCCCUGCUCAGCCAGAAUCCCGAGAAGUUUGUGUACCCUGCCCCGUAUACGACACGGCCACCCAAGAAGGGUGAGGAAGAUGGGAAGGACUACCACUUCAUCUCGACUGAGGAGAUGACAAAGAAUAUCUCUGCCAAUGAGUUUUUGGAGUUUGGCAGCUACCAGGGCAAUAUGUUUGGUACCAAAUUUGAAACAGUGCAUCAGAUUCAUAAGCAGGACAAGAUCGCCAUUCUUGACAUUGAGCCCCAGACCCUGAAGAUUGUGCGGACGGCAGAACUUUCCCCUUUCAUUGUGUUCAUCGCACCUACUGACCAGGGCACUCAGACAGAAGCCCUACAGCAGCUGCAGAAGGACUCCGAGGCCAUCCGCAGCCAGUACGCUCACUACUUUGACCUCUCGCUGGUCCAUAAUGGUGUUGAUGAGACCCUCAAGAAACUGCAAGAAGCCUUUGACCAGGCAUGCAGCUCUCCACAGUGGGUGCCUGUCUCCUGGGUGUACUAAGCUUGCAGAAUGCAGUGAACCACUGUGUGCCCCUCAUCUGCGCAUUUGGAACUCCAUUUCUCUUGCUCUUAAGACAAACAGGGUCACUCCAGCUAGCUUUGUGUGUCAGCUUCCAGCUCUCUGCAGUUACCCUAAUUAGGCCAAUAGGAUUCAGUCGUCUUGUUCAGGCUCCCACAGAUGGGUCCCCAUUGGUCGGGAUUUCAAAAGGAUCUCUUGGGGGUCAGAAGUACUCCCCAAAUGCAAUCCCUCAUCAGAUUGUGCACACAGUGGGGCUAGCAGUGAGCCCUAUCCUUCUAAAGCCUGUGCUCCUUCACCUUCACCGGGAACAGCAACCUUCUAAAAUGCCAAAAUGCAACCUGUGCAAUAGGAUGUCUGCUAUAGGAAAACCUUCAAAAGCAAUAAAAAUGUGCUGUUAAAAUGCCA